CAGAACUAGGCUUCAGCAGCAGAACGCUACACUGUGACUGUGGGUCAGACUGGAUGAGCCCACCUGUUCAUCCAGCCAGCGGUCCAUCCCUCCAUUUCUCCAUCAGAGCCAGCGAAAGGUUCUGAUGACAGGACUGCAGAGAACGGAGAGAAAGGACCACCAGCUAUGGCCAGUGCUGAUGCAGGCAGUCUGGGCGCUGAGCAGAACCACCUGAGCCUCGCUGCAGAUCAUGAAGCCUGGGCCACAGCCAUGAACAACCUGGGCAUCGUGCCAGUGGGCAUCAGCGGGCAGCAGCUGGUUUCAGAUUGCUCAUGGACAUCACUUGAGGUGCCUGGCCCACACCUGCGAGACUCCCUAUGUAUCCAGAGAUUUGACCCCGGCCUGGGCCUCCUCGCACCCAUGAACCCCAUGAUGGCGGGCAUCAGCCUGGUCCCACCUCCUCCCGUUCCCCCCGACCUGCCUGUUAUCAAAGAGAUUAUCCACUGCAAGAGCUGCACUCUCUUCCCUCAGAAUCCCAAUCUACCACCUCCAUCGACAAGAGAGCGUCCUCCAGGCUGUAAGACUGUGUUUGUCGGAGGCCUGCCGGAAAACGCCACGGAGGACAUUGUCAGGGAGGUGUUUGACCAAUGUGGAGAGAUCAUCGCCAUCCGCAAGAGCAAGAAAAACUUCUGCCACAUCCGCUUCAGCGAGGAGUUCAUGGUGGACAAGGCUCUCUACCUGUCAGGAUAUCGGAUGCGUAUCGGAUCCAGCACUGACAAGAAGGACUCCGGCAGGAUUCACGUGGACUUUGCCCAGGCCAGAGAUGACCUGUACGAGUGGGAGUGCAAACAGCGCUUACUGGCCAGGGAGGAGAGACACCGCCGCAGGGUGGAGGAAGCCCUGAUGAGGCCGCCGUCUCCACCUCCCAUCGUGCACUUCUCUGAACACGAGGCGGGGCUUUUAGCAGAGAAUCUGAAAGAGGACCAUAAGUUCAGCGAUGCCACGGGAGUGCUGUUCACCUGGAUCGACCGCGGGGAAGUCAACCGCAGGACCGCUAAUCACUUCUACUCCAUGAUCCAGUCGGCCAACAGCCACGUCCGCCGGCUGAUGAGUGAGAAAGCUCAGCACGAGGAGGAGAUGGAGCGCGCCAAAGAGGCCUUCAAGAACGCGCUGCUGGCUAUACUAACGCAGUUCGAACAGAUCACCGCCGUUUUCACCGCCGCCACCAGGCAAAAGGCAUGGGACCAUUUCUCUAAAGCACAGCGCAAGAACAUAGACAUUUGGCGCAAGCAGUGUGAGGAGCUGAGAAAUGCCCACAGUGAGGAGAUUAUGGGCAUCAGGCGAGAGGAGGAGAUGGAGAUGUCAGACGACGAAACUGUUGAAAUUCCCUGCAAGAGGAUGCGCAUGGAGAGAAAUGGGUGUGAUCAGACUCAAGCCUCUCUGAGGGAGGAGAACGACUCCCUGCGCUGGCAGCUGGACGCCUACAGGAACGAAGUGGAGCUUCUAAGGAAGGAGCAGAGCAGAGCCGCCCGUCCAGAUGAUGAUCACACUUACACACCGGCACACGUGCACGCCAACGGUCCCGAGGCUCAGAUCCAGCUGCUGCAGCAGAGCAUGCACAGCAUGCAGCAGCAACUGCUGGGCCUGCAGGAGAAGCUGUCGAGCAAGGAGGCUGAGCUGGAGCAGGCGAAAGAUGAGCACCGCUGCCUGGAGGGGGAGGUGCUGUCGCUCCGGGACAAGCUGCUGAGCGGGAACGGCGACGCUGCGGAUGGAACCAAUGGAGAGCUUCCAGAAAAGGCCGUGAAUGGGUCCAUUCCUUCGACGUACCUCAGCAGAGACAGGAGGUCUGAGUUUACGCGAGGAGGAAUUGCAUCAGAAAAAGAGGCCUUACUUCUGGGCAUUAUGUCAACCUUCCUCCACGUCCAUCCAUUUGGGGCCAAUCUUGAGUACCUGUGGUCCUACAUACAGAGGCUGGACUCCAAGGUGUCUGCAGGGGAGCUGGAGCGCCUCAUGGUGCGUCUGCCCAGCAUGUUCAGGCAGGAGCUGAGCGGCGUCGGCGCCACCCUGGAGAAACGCUGGAAGUUCUGCGGCUUUGGCAGCCUCAGCUCAGCAUGACGCUGAAGCAGCACACACACACGAUGGAAGGACAAACUAAUGACGCACAACACCUCAGACCUUUGAUUAUGGGUGUGUGUGUGCGCGUGUGUGUGUGUGUGAGGUCCAGUGAUUUUUCACUCGGAUACGGAAAAUCAUGGAAAAGAAGAAAAAAAAACGCCUUGAAACGCAUUUCAUUUUUGGAUUGUGGGUCCAGGUCCUCACUGAAGAUGCUCAUGACAACUGCUGCAUGACUCGAUACCUUUCGGACUCCAGUCCUCAGUCCUGAUGAUUCUACUUUGCUCUCCGUCUUCAACUGAUUUCCUGGUUCUCUGGUCGGCCGUGCAGCCCAGAGCCAGAGAACUCCCAACAACAACCCAGAUCACAAAGUAAAACAGUUAUACCAAAGUUGACCCAUAAGAGAUUUCAUGCCAGACCUCAUUUUGCUCGCCGAUAGACCGGACCCCCCCCCAGUACUGUAAGGAAGCUCUGCUGGUUUCCUGCAGAGUGAUGCCAGCACCGCAGGUGGACCAGAUCUGGGAUCAGUUUGUGAAGAAGUCUGCGCUUCCUUUAUGUGCUAGUGGGACGUCACCGACAUUAUGUCCGUUACUUCAUCUUCUUCUAAAUGGUUCUUCUCAAACUCUCAGUAGUCAUUCCUGUGGGUGUUGGCGGUCUUUUUAUUUUAAAUAUUUUUCUUUCUUUCUUUUUUUUAAUGUUAUCUGCUUAAAAUUGCACUGAUGUGUCAUUUUCAUGUUUUUAUGUGUGUGAACUUUGAAGACAUGUAUUCCCUGAGCUCAUGCUUCAGGCAGAUCUUCUCCUGAGAUUUUUUUACCGGGGUAUCUGGGUUGGCUUUGAGCUGAAAGUCAGGGAACAAAAGUUUGUGUAUGCAGUAAACACACCAUAUAUUACGAUAAAAAGUCUUUAAGUUAAAACUAAUGUUUUUUUUUUUUUUAUCAAUACCCUAAUUUCGUGUGUAUUUGAUUUUACAUUUUUAAAAGAUGUUCAGUACUUGUGUUUGGACAUAAAGUGAGAGACAGCGCCAUGAUUGGCAGAUUAAAUAGCAAAGUAAAAGUGCUUGUGUUUGCAGCUGACGGGCUCACGUUACGUCUGCAGAGACAGACGGUCUUGUGUCGUUUCAUUUGUGCAUCUAUUUCAGUACCUGUUAGCAGCAAGUAUCAAAAACAGAAGUAAUUGGCCAUUUCAGACUGGCUCCAAAGUAAAAAUGCUCAACUUUUCUGGAGACAUUAACGUGUUAACACAACAACUGUCCAGUUGUCAAGUUUUUUCCAACAAUUCGCUCAUUUCAUUAUAGAUUUCAGGUUAUAAACAUAGCCAGUGCUAUUAUAUAUUAUCCUUCGUUUCUCACCCAGAUUCAUCCCCCACACAUCACUCUGGGUCCAAUAUGGACUGUAAGUCUAUAGCCCACAAACCUGUGGUGACAUCGUGUCACCUACAUAUUGAUGAUCGUGAUAUUCACGUCAAUGAUAAUGAGUCUGGUUGUUUAUUUUUAGCAAUCAUGGCCUCAGGUUUGAAGUAGAAACAAGGAUUCGUUUAUCUGGACACGCCAUGACUGUGUUUUCCGCUAAUUUCCGUCUGUACUUGAGUUCAGACUGUGCAGACGAUAAUUACAGUAAGGACCAGGAGAGUAUCAAGGACAAGCAGGUAGAAGAAGAUACAAUCGCAUCGAUAAUCUGCAGCAAUGCUUCACUUGUCCUCAAGCAUUUUUUUUUUUUGCCCAGGAAAAGCAGCUUUGAUAUUGGAGAGCAUGGUGGUGCAAUGGUUGCCUCCCAGCUAGAAGUUCCUGGUUUGAAUACCAGCGGGUUCCACCUGUUGUUGCUGCAGCUUCAAAACCACAGCCGUAAGCAUGAGUGCUGAUUGGUGAGUCCCCGUUGUCUGCAGGAGCGACUGAGUGUUGUGUGGCCUGAUGGCCUGCACGAUAACAACAGAGACAGACUCCAGCCACCCCAGGAGUCUGAAGGAAACUGAAGGAAAAUGGAUGAAUUUAGCGCUGUUUGUUUGUCCACCUGUGUGAUUACUGGUAGUCAACUACAACGGUGUUGAUGUUAAAGUGUAAAAACAGAAGUGCAUAAAUCCAAUCAGCCUCAAUUUGACCAUGUCCUGUCCAGAAGUAACUCUACAGUUUGAACAGGAGACAUAAACAGGUUUUCUUUUGUCUUUCUUGAACAAAGCUUCACUUGUUGUGACUUAUUUAAUUCCACUCUAUUCUUCCAUUGAUAGCUCUGCCUGCUCUCAUCCAUGUUUGCCCUUUUCACUGUCUGCAACAGCCCUUCUUCCAGAAAAGCUGAAUGCAAGAUGCAAGAUGUUUCCUUUAGGAAGACUUCGGUAGAAACUGUUUCUCGGUGUUUUCAAAAAUGCAGAAUCACAACUUCAGCCCGUUAGUUGUAAGUAAAAGCACUGUACUUUGCUGCAAAUGAAUUAACUUUAUGCUUGACCAGUGUUACUCUGUUCCCAAAUUGACAAAAGUUGACAUAGUAUGAAAAUGAAUAUUUAAAGAAAAAUAGGUCGAUAUACUUGUUUCACUGCAGAUAAUAUGAAGACAAGGUAGUUCAUAUUUUAUUUUUCAAGAUGGGUGAUGAUUUUGGAGAUGGCAGGUAAUUGCAAAUGUCCAAGCAUGGGACCUCAGUUCUUCUGUCAGAUGUUUACGUAUUAAAGAAAUAAAUUAUAAUGCAGCAAAUCUGCUCCAGGGUUUAUAAUUAUCUGGACAAGUAGGUGCCACAAGAGAUCAUAGUGGACUCUGUAAACUGAGAGUAAUAAAGUGGCAAAAGUAUAAUAUUUGAAGGAUAUUGCAUGGAGGGGAUGGGAGUAAAAAGAAAAGAGGUUUUAUGCAAGCUUGAUAUAAGGAUGAAAGAUAAAUUGCAACAUUCAGCUUAAUUUAUUCCAUAUUCUUUAUGAAGAAGCUGUUCGGGGGAAAGGAGCAGCCUGAAAUGUUUUA